CAGAAAGGCCACAGCACAGGUCCCAGCUGCACUGCAAGCCUCUGUCCCACCACCCCCAGCUCACACCAAAGCAGACACCUGAAAAAGACGGAGCUCCCCAAGAGCAGCGCCCCAAGAGAUGCUGGGGCAGGUGCCAUGGGCAAAGCUGUCUCCUUCUGGCCCUGUCUUCCUGCUGCUGGCACUCUGUGCUGUCUUGACCACCCAGGACAUCUGCAGCUCCCCAGGUGAUGGGGACCUCCCAGCUCCAGCACUAUUCCUGAACACCUCCAGCGCUCAAGAAGGGGAAUUGGUUACACUUCGCUGCACCAUUGAUGGCCAUUCAGCCCCUACCCGAACUGUAUUCUGCAAGGACAGGAUGGAGGCACACAGCCUGAAAGGGCAACUAGGAAAGCUGAGUUACACCAUCAUUCUAAAUGUCACCCAGGGGAGCAAGGGGAUAUACACAUGUGGGUACCAGCUCAGAGAUGACAACAACCGAGUAAGGAGCUCUGCCCUCAGUGCUGGCCGCAUCCUGGAUGUCCCCGGUGAGAUAUGACUCUGGGCUGGAGGGGUCGGAAAGGACGGAUGCACUUGCCACGAAAUGGCUGUGCUGAGGCAUGUGGUGGCAUGCAGGGCAUGGCUGUGGGGUGGUUCCCCCACGGGAGUGUUCCCUCUCCUCAGAGGCUGCCCCUAGAGAGAGAGCUGCUCUCAAGGGUUCCUCUGUUCCUGCAGCACCACCUCUGCUGCAGAGACGGGGCUGUGCAAAGCCCAUGCACAAAGAACAAGGGCUGGCUGGGGAUGUGGAUGGAUGCUGGUCUGAGGCAGGGAUGCUCCAAGGUCUGCCCUGUACAUUGAUGUGCCUGUGGCAGGGGAAGGCGGAUGAUUGUCAU